UUCCUCCCAUUGGCUCCCCGCCUGUCCAUCACCCCUGUUCCCCCCACCCCUCAAGCUAGGCUGAGCUGUGCCUACGUCGGCCUUGACUCUUGGGGGCUGGAGGAGUUACCUUUGGAGCCCGAAAGGAGGAAGGAAGGAAAAUAUCAACAACAGCCGAGGCGACUCGGACGCUCGGCCCGGGUCCCCCGCCUGCCUGCCCGCCCCCGCGCCCAGGACGGGGGCCUAGGCCCCCCGGCGCCGCCCAGGGCCCGCGCGGACGCCGGCCUCAUUUAUUAUUCCCCCCGCCCGGAGCUGCGGCUUCCAGGUGCUGAAGAUCCCCCGGACUAGGGGCGAGGGCUACCCCCUCCCAGCCGUGACACCCCCCUUCCCCCAGUGGGGCCGGAGGCUGUGCAGAAGGUGUCCCGCAGACCAUGAACUGAGUGCUGGUCCGAGACUGUUCAUGAGCACAGUGUAAGGUGUGCCGAGACCCGCCACCCAGCUAUCCCCUCCCCUCCCCGGCAGUGAAGAUCCCCGGAAAAGAUGGGGAGGAAAAAGAUUCAGAUCCAGCGAAUCACCGAUGAGCGGAACCGACAGGUGACAUUCACCAAGAGGAAGUUCGGGCUGAUGAAGAAGGCGUACGAGCUGAGCGUGCUCUGUGACUGCGAGAUCGCGCUCAUCAUCUUCAACCACUCCAACAAGCUGUUCCAGUACGCCAGCACGGACAUGGACAAGGUGCUGCUCAAGUACACGGAGUACAACGAGCCGCACGAGAGCCGCACCAACGCCGACAUCAUCGAGGCGCUGCACAAGAAGCACAGGGAAUGUGAGAGCCCUGAGGUGGACGAGGUGUUUGCCCUGACCCCCCAGACGGAGGAGAAAUAUAAAAAGAUAGACGAGGAGUUUGAUAAAAUGAUGCAGAGUUAUAGACUGGCCUCAGCUGUCCCGGCCCCCAACUUUGCCAUGCCCGUCACGGUGCCCGUGUCCAAUCAGAGCUCACUGCAGUUCAGCAAUCCCAGCGGCUCCCUGGUCACCCCUUCCCUGGUGACGUCAUCCCUCACGGACCCACGGCUCCUGUCCCCCCAGCAGCCAGCACUACAGAGGAACAGUGUGUCUCCCGGCCUGCCCCAGCGGCCAGCCAGCGCAGGGGCCAUGCUGGGGGGAGACCUCAACAGUGCUAACGGAGCCUGCCCCAGCCCUGUCGGGAAUGGCUACGUCAGUGCCCGGGCUUCCCCUGGCCUCCUCCCCAUGGCCAACGGCAACAGCCUAAACAAGGUCAUCCCUGCCAAGUCUCCGCCCCCACCCACCCACAGCGCCCAGCUUGGAGCCCCCAGCCGCAAGCCUGACCUGAGGGUCAUCACUUCCCAGGGAGGAAAGGGGUUAAUGCAUCAUUUGACUGAGGACCAUUUAGAUCUGAACAAUGCCCAGCGCCUUGGGGUCUCCCAGUCUACCCACUCGCUCACCACCCCAGUGGUUUCCGUGGCAACACCGAGUUUACUCAGCCAGGGCCUCCCCUUCUCUUCCAUGCCCACCGCCUACAACACAGAUUACCAGUUGACCAGUGCAGAGCUCUCCUCCUUACCGGCCUUCAGUUCGCCUGGGGGGCUGUCGCUAGGCAGUGUCACCGCCUGGCAGCAGCCGCCGCAGCCGCAGCAGCCGCCGCAGCCCCAGCCGCAGCCGCAGCCCCAGCCUCCCCAGCAGCCCCAGCCGCCACCUCAGCAGCAGCCCCACCUGGUCCCCGUGUCCCUCAGCAACCUAAUCCCCGGCAGCCCCUUGCCCCACGUGGGUGCUGCCCUCACGGUCACCACCCACCCCCACAUCAGCAUCAAGUCGGAACCAGUGUCCCCAAGCCGUGAGCGCAGCCCUGCGCCUCCCCCUCCAGCUGUGUUUCCGGCUACCCGCCCUGAGCCUGGCGACAGUCUCAGCAGCCCGGCUGGGGCCUCCUAUGAGACGGGGGACCGGGAUGAUGGACGGGGAGACUUCGGGCCCACACUGGGCCUGCUGCGCCCAGCCCCAGAGCCUGAGGCUGAGGGCUCAGCUGUGAAGAGGAUGCGGCUCGAUACUUGGACAUUAAAGUGACGGUUCCCACUCCCUUCCUCUCAGCCUCCCUGAUGAAGAGUUGACAAUCUCACCGCCCACCCCUCCCUGUCCUGGGCUCCUCCCGCUCGACCCCCACUUCCUUUCUUGUGCUCCGUGUCCUGUUGACGGUUACAUUUGUGUAUAAUUAUUAUAUUAUUAUUAUUAUUAUUAUAUUUUUUUUAAUUUGGAUUCUCGCUUUGGAGAGGGGGAUGCUCCCAUCCCCUCUUUCUGCACCCCCCACCAGUUUCACUGGCUGGGGGGCUCUUUUUUGCGGGAAGGGGGGGACACUUUGCACGUUGUACACAUAUGCUGCAGGAGGGGGUGGGGGGCCCGAUAGGCCUUGGGAAAGGACAGGUGCCGAGCCCUGCAUGCGGGGCCCUCCCACCCCAUCCCCCAGACAGAGGGAAAUAACCAAAAACUACCAAACAACAAAAACCCCUUACAAUAGACUGAAACCCCAAAGUCGGCCUCAUGGGUGGUUUUGUGUUUCAGGGGGAAAGUGAGGCAGAGGUUCUGAAGAAGGUCUCUGCUUCUCGGCUGUUCCUAUGGCCACAGGCACAUGGGGCAGAAUACCCAAGCCUGGGCCCCAGAGGCCCCUGCACACACACCACACACUCUCGACUGAUUAUCAUGUGAUCUGCACCUCCAAGGUGUGCGGGUGCUGGCCGAGGUUUGGGGCUGGGAAGGCUGCCUGGGAAUCGAGGCUGGAGGGAAGGGGCUUGAGGUGGGGCCCCUAUGAAGCACAGUUGGAGAGAAAGACAGAGCCAUGAGGAGAGGGCUGAGGAGGGGCAGAAGGGCUGGGGCAGGGGGUGAAUUGGGGGCCCCCUCCCUUCCCCAGCACUUUCUCUAAGAUACACAGUGCAAUAGCUCCCCGUCCCUCAGUUGACACCAGCCCUGUAAAGCCGGCCACGAAGCGCAGGGAGAACUGGGGAGAGUGAAGUGGCUCAGCAGGAGGUGGCCUCAGGCACCCCGGGGUGCCUGAGAACUGGAAACCCUUGCAUCCAGGGACUAGCGUGAGUGAGGGGACUUGCUCUUCCUUGCACGUACACAUCCCCAGAGGAGUGGACAUUGGGGUGGUGUGUGAGGGUGGGAGAGGGGAUGGAGGAGGUCCGCAAAAGGCCUGCCUCCCUUCUUUCCUCCUCGGCCCCUCUCCCCAGCCCUCCUCCCAGCUCCUUCCGCUCCUGACCCCACCUCCCUGCUCUUGGCGCCCUCAUUGUCUCGCUACCUCCUGUCCCACCACCCCCAGGCCGCAUCCCACCUUCUGUCUUGGCUACUGUAAUUGUAAAUAGCAACCUUUGGAAAACGUUAGCAGUGUAACAGUCCAGGAAACUGUUUUUUUGUUGUUGUUGUUGUAUUGAUAUGAAAUGAGAUUCUAUUUUUGUCAAAGUAUAUUGUAAUAAUAAUGACUCAAACGGCCCGUACUGUA